UCUCAGCCGCCAUCUAAUCGAUUAUCACCUAAUAAAGGACCCGUGAAAUCAAUAUUAAAACAUACCGUUUCCUUCACAUAUUCUCCACACGCGACCGUCACUCUCACAGCACAAGAUUCUCGUCUGAGGCAUGCGUUUGAAAAUAUAUUCUUCAAAAGUCUUAAGCUUCAAGACGCGAAUCCCGAUAAGAACGGAAAGUCUGAAAAGUCUGAGAUUAUGGUUUCCGGCCAUCCAUUACACCGAAGGGUCCAAUUACCUAAGGAAAGAGUGAUAGACAUGUCUCAGGAGGAACAGGCGGCCUGGGAAGAGGAUCAGCUCAACUCAAUUGUGGACUUCUCAACGUGUCGUAUAGAUCCGGCGCCCUUUCAA